AUUAUGCCGUAGCUUCUCGAUUGACCCCUAAUCCUCCAUUCUUCGUCUUCGUUUCAAAUUACUCUGUCAAUCACUGACCUCACUCCGACCUCGCAACUCACUCCUCCCAUGGCGCUCGCUCACUUCCUUCCGGCCAUUCCCCUUGAAACCUCAAGGCACCCGAAAACUUCGAUUCCCCCAUUGUCUUCUUCCAAGCGUCUGCUAUCUGUACCUUUCUCCUCUGCUUUUCUCAGGUCCAGAGCUUCUUCUCAAGUCUCUAUCUUUACCGGGCUCGGUCGGAUUGGCCGUUUAGCAAAAGCUCAGUCUCAAGAAGCUGAUGUGAGCUCAGCUUCUGCUGAUGCCUUUACUGGGUUCAAGCAUCUGCUCUUGCCAAUUACAGACCGAAAACCGUUUCUUUCUGAAGGAACAAGACAGGCUAUAGCAACCACUGCUUCUUUGGCGAAGAAGUAUGGGGCUGACAUCACUGUUGUGGUUAUUGAUGAAAGGCAGAAAGACUCCUUGCCAGAGCAUGAGAACCAGCUCUCUAGCAUCCGAUGGCAUCUUUCUGAAGGUGGAUUCCAGGAAUUCAAAUUGUUAGAAAGACUAGGGGAGGGCGCUAAGCCAACGGCCAUCAUUGGGGAGGUUGCUGAUGACCUUAAUCUGGAUUUAGUGGUUAUAAGCAUGGAAGCCAUUCAUUCCAAACAUGUGGAUGCAAACCUACUAGCUGAGUUCAUUCCUUGCCCUGUCAUUCUUUUACCAUUGUAAACUGUUGUAACCUUUCAGAUCUAAAGGAUUUACUUUUAUAGCAUCUUUGAUCUCCAUUUCUUUGUUCAGACUUCAUAGAGAGAGAGAGAGAGAGACCUUUUGCUAUCUGUGUCAUUUGUCAAUAUUGCUUGCUCUGAUUGGGAAUGGUUGUGUUGUGGUAGCUGUGUUUGAGACUUUGGAGAGUUAAAAACUUUAAACAUAGCGGUGGCUCCAAGUUAAGGAGGUUGUUUCUCUUAUAGCUUGUAAAUUUAUUGGAAAUGUGUGUCCUAAUAAUCCCCAAUCAAGCACCAAGUGAUAAGUCGUUUUACUUCUUUAUUUA